AUGUGUCUCAAAUUUUUCUCCAUCCUGUAUUUUAUUCUCUCUUUUAUUAUUCGUAUUUCGUUUCUUUCUCUUUCAUUAUAUUUGUUUUAUCUUUUUAUUGCCUUUCUUUCUUUUUUCUUUACUUCAUUCCGUUUUUUUCUGAUUCGUUUUCAUGCCGUUCUUUCUUCAAAUAUUUUAUUCUUUUCUUCAGUCUACAUAUUUUUCAUUCUCUUUUUUCUUUCGUUGCCCCUUUCUUUAACUAGUCUUCAUUUAUUUUUUCAUUCGUUUUCCCUGUUCUUCAUUCUUCAUAUCUUUCAUUUUCUUUUCUCUUUCGUUGGCCCAGGCUUUCGCUAUUCUUCAUUUAUUUUCCUUCAUUUUCCCUGUUCUUCAUUCUUCAUAUAUUUCAUUUUCUUUUCUCUUUCGUUAGCCCAGUCUUUGACUAGUCUUCAUUUAUUUUUUCAUUCGUUUUCCCUGUUCUUCAUCCUUCAUAUCUUUCAUUUUCUUUUCUCUUUCGUUAGCCCAGUCUUUGACUAUUAUUCCUUUAUUUUUUUCCUUUGUUUUCCCUGUUCUUCUUUCUUCAUAUUCUUCAAUUUCAUUUCUCUUUCAUCUGCCCACUUUUUGACAAUUCUUCAUUUAUUUUUUCCUUCAUUUUCCCCCGUUCUGUUUUCUUCAUAUUUUUCAUUCUCCUUUUCUCUUUCGUUCUCCGUGUCUUUUCUUAUGGCUCUCGUGUCUUUAUUGAAUUCUUCCGCCUUCUUCAGGCGUUCUAAUUGA